UGGUGGGUAUUUGGUCCUGCUUCUGGCAUCAGUGCUAAGUUACACUAAUCCAGCUGCUGGGUCUGCCCUGGGCUUAUCCGUGGCCUUCAUCUUAAAAUUCAGAGACAACAUGUUCCAUGUGCUGACUGGCCAGUUCACUACUGUUCUGGUCACAGGCCUCUCCCUCUUCCUCUUUGACUUCCACCCUUCGCUGGACUUCUUCCUCCAGGCACCCACGGUCCUGCUGGCCAUCUUUAUCUACAAUGCCAGCUGGCCCAAGGACCUGGAAUAUAGCCUGCAGCGGGAGAAACUACGGGUCAUCAACGGGGAAGUGUUUGAGAGGUCAAGAGGGGACAGUGAGGAGCUCGAUCUCCUGACAAAGGCAAAUGCAGACAGUGUUUCUGAUGAAGAGUCCUUGUAGUAAUGAUAGAGCUCACUCCCAAGUAUCCAGAGGAUACUCUGCAUCUUUCCUGCUGCUGAUAUCGAACUGGACAAUUGACUGGAUGGAACAUGGUCACAGAUUGUCUGUGAAAGCAUUUAUUUGAACAGUGAUAAGCAGGUAAACGGUGAAAGAUACUGUUGAUAGAUUAUAUGAUAGACUCCUAGAAUUAAAAACAAAGUGUUUAAUAACAGAAUUAGCGAAAUGUGUAUAUUUUGGAAACGUGCCUGUCUGUGGAUGACUGCUGUCAUUCAUAUGGGGGAAAGUACCAGCAACGCUGUUUGUUGGAAAAUAAGUGAUACUUUUGGAUUCAUUAUGGAUUCCUUUUAUGGACAGUGUAUUUCUUUACAUGAUUCCUGUUGUACAUGCUGCUAUUUGACUGCUUGCUGGUGCUGGACGUCUAAGGACCAGAAACUGCAGUUUCAGGAUUGUUUUGAUAAUAGAUUUGUUUGAAAUUGUGGUGAUUUUGAAUCUUUAUCCACACUAUGAUGAAUUCAGUUUGUAUUGUACUGUGGAA